UCGUCAUACUUAUCCAACCAUAAUUAAUUAUGUUGGUUGUGAACAUCAUGCAAAUUAUUUCACAUUAUUAUUUGUCAUCAGCUCUUAAACAUCUUUAAUUAAUUGGUGCGAAAUCAUAUCUAUAAAUAUGAUCAGAAUUCUACAAGGCUAAAGGCAAUACCAACACUAAUUAAGUGAAACAUGGGAAGUCUCCAUGAUCAACUCACUCUCCUCCAAGAUCUCAAGGUCACUGUCCACCACUCAUGCCUGAUUUUCCCAUCCCAACAAACACAGAAAAAAACCGUCUUCUUAUCAAACAUAGACCAAGUUCUCAAUUUCGAUGUCCAAACCGUUCAUUUCUUUGGCGCACACAAAGAUUUUCCUCAAUCCCAAAUUGUAGCUGAAAAAGUCCAGGAUGCCCUUGCCCAGAUAUUGGUGCCCUAUGAUUUCUUGGCAGGAAGAUUGAAGUUGAACCCCAACACAAGUCGCUUAGAGAUCGACUGCAAUGCAGCCGGAGCAGGCUUCGUGGUGGCCUCUAGUGAGUAUGCUUUGGAUGAGAUUGGAGACUUGGUUUAUCCUAAUUCAGCUUUUGCACAACUGGUUUGCACCGCUAUGGAUUCUCGUAUUCUGAACCCUGCUGCUGGCGAUGAUCAUGAUCAGCCACUUUUUAUUCUGCAGGUGACAACAUUUAAGUGUGGUGGAUUUGCGAUGGGCAUAUCAAACAACCACACAACAUUUGAUGGUUUAAGCUUCAGACUGUUCUUGGACAAUCUGGCUGCGGUGGCUGCGAACAAGCCCUUGGUAGCCAUUCCUUACAAUGACCGUCAUAUCUUAGCUGCUCGAUCCCCACCCCAUGUCCCAUUCCUCCACCCUGAGUUACAAGAGCUCAAGAAUAUGUCCACCCUCGAUGACUUAAACCCUACAGUGUUUGAAGCCACCCAAGAAGAGCUUGACUUCAACAUCUUCCGGCUCACUGCCACCGACGUUGCUCGCCUCAAAGACAAGGCGAAAUCCACCACUGCUAGUAGUAGCUUUAACGUGGUCACGGCCCUCAUUUGGCGGUGCAAGGCACUAUCGUCGUCGUCAUCAUCAGACGAUGAUGAAGAUGUUAAUUACAAGAGGGCGGCAAGUAGUAGUAGUAGUAGAGAAUCAAGGAUUCUUUAUGCGGUGGACAUAAGGCCGAGGCUGAAGCCUCCGCUGCCCAAAGCCUACACUGGGAAUGCAGUGCUGACUGCCUACGCUUCUGCCAAGUGCAGGGAACUGGAGGAAGUGCCCUUCUCUAGAAUGGUGGAGAUGGUGUCUGAGGGAGCAACAAGGAUGACAGAUGAGUAUGCAAGAUCCGUCAUCGACUGGGGAGAGCUACACAAGGGCUUUCCUCACGGGGAGGUGCUGGUCUCAUCCUGGUGGAGAUUGGGCUUUGCUGACGUGGAGUAUCCUUGGGGGAAACCCAGGUACAGCUGUCCCGUUGUAUAUCACAGGAAGGAUAUCAUUUUGCUCUUUCCUGAACAACAAGAUAUGCAUGAAUAUUCAUCCUCAGCCUCACCUACUAAUACUACUACUAUGGCUGGAAGAGCUGGUGCUGCUGGGGUUAAUAUUUUGGUGGCGCUUCCUCAUAAGGAAAUGCAAAAGUUCCAAGCCCUCUUCCACAAGUUCUUAUUAGAUGAUUGAAUAUAUAUAUAUAUAUAUAUAUAUAAAGAAGACACAUAUAUAUUGUAAAUAACAUGCUGUUGCAUGGAACCAUAACAGCAUUGGAACCAUAUCUAUAUGUGUGUAACUAGCUGGGUAUUGUAUACUGAUUACGAUUUUCCGAAGAUGGAGGUUAAAGUUUAAGAGAAGAACGACCGUGUGGUAUUGUAUUGUAUGCUAUAUAAGCCUUCUUGAAGCAAAUACACAUAUAAUAGUAGAUUUGGCUUA